UGUAGACUAGGAAUGACAGGCAACUGUGCUGUCUCUCUGUCGGUGCUUCUGGAGUCAAGCUGCAUCAAGAAGAGUUCUUCACAGAGCUGUUUCUAGGAUCUCUUGUUAGACUCUUGAUUCAAAAGGUGAAAUGUCCUCAAAAGUGCCAAGCAUUAAACUGAGAAUUGAUCCUCGGGAUCUGCAGAUCCAGACGUUUACAGUGGAGAAAUUAUUGGAACCAUUGAUUAUUCAGGUUACAACACUAGUGAACUGUCCACAGAAUCCUUCUAGUAAGAAAAAGGGCCGUUCCAAAAGAGCUCGCGUCUUGUUAGCUUCUGUGGAAGAAGCCACUUGGAAUCUGUUGGACAAGGGGGAAAAAAUUGCCAAGGAAGCAAUGGUGUUUAAAGAGGAACUUCAUGCAGCACUUGCUGAUGUCCGGAAAGAGAGUCAAGCCUUAAAGGUAUCAGCAGAGGCAUUUACCAGUGAUCCCUGCUAUCUGCCUAAGAGGCAGGCUGUUGUCCAAGCAGCACGAUCUCUGCUUACAGCUGUCACAAGGCUUCUAAUUCUGGCUGACAUGGUUGAUGUGGCAUACUUACUGGAACAUUUAACUGUGUUUCAAAGAACAUUCGAAUCUUUAAGAAAUGUAUCCAGUAAAUCUGAUCUACAGAAAACCUAUCAGAAGUUUCGAAAAGAUCUGGAAAAUCUAGAUUAUUUGGCAUACAAACGUCAGCAGGAUUUGAAAUCUAGCAAUCAGCGAGAUGAAAUUGCUGCAGCACGUGCAUCCCUGAAGGAAAAUUCCUCUCUCCUACAUUCAAUAUGUUCAGCUUGUUUGGAACAUUCAGAUGUUGCAUCCCUUACUGCCAGCAAGGAUUCAAUUUGCAAUGAAAUACAGAAUGCUCUCAAUGUAAUUUCUAAUGCUUCCCAAGGAGUUGGAAAUAAAAUGGGACAACCUACAUCUCGCACAGCUACUCUUGGAAGUGCACUUGAUGAGCUUGAGAAUUUAAUUAUCCUGGAUCCUCUUGUAGUGAAUGAAGAGAAAAUAAGGCCUUCACUAGAGAAACGUCUGGAAGCUAUUAUCAGUGGAGCAGCUUUGCUAGCUGAUUCUUCCUGCACACGUGAUUUUCAUCGAGAGCGCAUCAUUGCUGAAUGUAAUGCUAUCCGCCAAGCUCUCCAAGACCUGCUUUCUGAAUACAUAAAUAAUACUGACAAGAAAGAGAGAAGUAAUGCCUUGAAUGUUGCAAUAGAUAGUAUGUGCAAGAAGACAAGAGACCUCCGCAGACAGCUCCGUAAAGCCAUUAUAGAUCACAUCUCAGACUCCUUCUUAGAUACCACUGUUCCACUUUUAGUUCUCAUUGAAGCUGCUAAAAAUGGAAGAGAUAAAGAAAUAAAGGAAUAUGCUGCUAUAUUUCGAGAACAUACCAGCAGGCUUGUGGAGGUUGCUAAUCUUGCUUGUUCAUUGUCAACAAAUGAAGAUGGAAUGAAAAUUGUGCAAAUGGCAGCUAAUCACAUAGAGACUUUGUGCCCACAGGUUAUUAAUGCUGCUUUAGCUCUUGCUGCCAGACCAAAAAGUCAAGUUGUGAAAAACAACAUGGAGAUGUAUAGGAGUACAUGGGAGAAUCACAUCCAUGUUCUUACUGAAGCUGUGGAUGAUAUAACAAGUAUUGAUGAUUUUCUUGCUGUAUCAGAAAGCCACAUUCUUGAGGAUGUAAACAAGUGUAUCAUUGCACUGAGAGAGCAAAAUGCGGACAAUUUAGAUCGUGCAGCAGGUGCAAUCCGAGGGCGUGCUUCAAGAGUAGCUCAUAUUGUUUCGGGUGAGAUGGACAAUUAUGAGCCAGGGGCUUACACUGAAGGAGUGAUGACGAAUGUUCAAUAUUUGACCAAGAAUGUGAUUCCAGAGUUUAUUAGUCAAGUAAAUACUGCAUUGGAGAGCUUAAGCAAGAACACAGCGCACCUGUUUGAUGAUAACCAGUUUGUAGACAUUUCUAAGAAAGUGUAUGAUACGAUUCAUAACAUCAGAUGCUCAGUCAUGAUGAUUCGGACACCUGAGGAGCUAGAAGAUGUAUCUGACCUUGAAGAAGACCAUGAUGCACGUAGUCGUACCAGUAUUCAGACUGAAGGGAAAACUGACAGGGCCAAGAUGACUCAACUGCCAGAGGCUGAAAAGGAAAAGAUAGCUGAGCAAGUGGCUGACUUCAAAAAAGUCAAGAGUAAGCUUGAUGCAGAAAUUGAAAUAUGGGAUGAUACCAGCAAUGACAUCAUUGUUUUGGCCAAGAGGAUGUGUGUGAUUAUGAUGGAGAUGACUGACUUCACAAGGGGUAGAGGACCACUGAAGAACACAUCUGAUGUAAUUAAUGCAGCAAAAAUGAUUUCGGAGUCAGGAUCAAGGAUGGAUGUCCUAGCACGGCUGAUUGCCAAUCAGUGUCCAGACCAAUCGUGCAAACAGGAUUUGUUGGCUUACCUAGAACAGAUCAAGCUGUACUCCCAUCAGCUCAAAAUCUGCAGUCAAGUUAAAGCAGAAAUCCAGAAUCUAGGUGGAGAGCUCAUCAUGUCUGCUCUGGAUAGCGUCACUUCACUAAUUCAGGCUGCCAAAAAUUUAAUGAAUGCUGUGGUGCAGACAGUGAAGAUGUCCUAUAUUGCAUCCACAAAGAUUAUCAAGAUUCAGAGUCCUACUGGACCACGACAUCCUGUUGUGAUGUGGAGAAUGAAGGCUCCAGAGAAGAAGCCCCUAAUUAAAAGAGAGAAGCCAGAAGAAAUCUAUGCGGCUGUCAGAAAAGGUUCUGCAAAGAAGAGAAUCCAUCCUGUUCAAGUCAUGAGUGAAUUUAGGGGCAGAGAAAUAGUCUAAUAUUCUGCCACUUCUCGUGUUCCUACCUUUAAUACUGACAAUUUUUCAUCUUUUCCCCCACUUAUUUAAUAAUUAUAUAUGUUAAUGUUUUGCUUUUCUCUAAAUCAGUAAGAUAACACUUGCUUAAAUUAUUUCAAAAUGCUGUUGGAUUAAUUAGAAGCACACAGUUGAAAAAAAAUACCCAUUCUCUUGCAGUGACAAACUACCAUGUCUUUAUAUUGGCACAUUUUCAGCAGAGCACUUUGAGAUACACAUUAUGGGACUGUGCUGUACUUGGAAAGGAGGAUGCAGUGUGCCAACCUGCCAGAAGCCAUACUGCAUUCGCUAGGCUUAGGUGUUCCUUCACCAGGGAUGAAUGUGGCCAAUACUAAACUGCAUGUAUUUUAUGACAUACAGCUUCUUAAACAUUGUGCUGUUGGGCCAGAUCCUUUAUCAGCGUCAUUACUGUGACCACAUCAGCUGGACUGCUUGAUGCUAGCUGAGAGUCUGGGCCCCCAACUUGUAUCUAGAUUGAAAGAUCUAAAGAUCUCCCCUUGUCCAAGGCCCAGCCUUGAAAGUUUGAAAAUGUUUGAUGAAACACAGAAAGUGUUAUAACAACAUGGAUGUAAUAAUGUAAUUAAAAAAGCAUUGACUGCAACAUAGCAGUAAUAAUAGCUCUUCGAAAGGCCUUUUGAAACAUUAACGUUAAUCUGUGUUCUGCUUCCUACGCUAUUCUGUGAGCCCUAAUAAAUCUGCUGACUCACAUUUGGAAGUUCAGAUAAAUCAGAUGUUAACAAUAAAACCCCUUUCUAAUCACUGCAGAAAACAACAAAUAUGAAAUACAUCAUUAUUGUGAGAUCAGUGUGUGAAAUACAUACACACAUAUCUUGAAUCUUGGGAAUGAUGAGAUUUUUGCAAGGUAAUUGUGAUUUAAAUUACUUUUCUUAGGACAAGAGUCCUAAAUGCAGGACUGUGCUGGUAGGCAACUUGCUAAAUGGCGGCACUAUAGCUCAAAGCAUGUAAUGAAAACAUGUGCUGUUAGUCUGUGAUCACCAUUAAGCUUAUGUAAGAUACUAGGGGAAAGAAAAUUUUUCUAAACCUGUUUGAAUCCGAAAUCCACUUGGUCUGAUUUUUUUUGAAGAAUCCAACCUGUCUUCCUUGCCAUGUCACCAAGUUUUCCUAGACUACAUUUGUUACUCAAGAUAUCUUUGCUUGGCAAUUAACAUAGCUCCUUUUGUAAUUUUUUUGUAUUUGCUAAGGUGAAAGGGCUCCCUCAAAUACCAGAACGUCAUGAUGCAUCAUUGACUGCCAUCACGAAGCGGCUCUAGACUAUGGGCUGCUGCUUCAUGUCAUUUAUUACCGUGUUUUGCACAGCAGUGCAUCUACUUAGCACAACGUGGGCAGCAACAAUAACCAUAAACUGUUUUUUCUCUUGGGGGCCACUCUGUUUCUAAGCUCAGGACCGUGGCACAGUGUAAUUUCUAGGCUGUUGGUUAAGAAACCCCAUGAAACCUACAGUCAUCAUGAAUUAAAAAUUUUACAGAUCACUAUUCCACUUUCCCUAACUUUACUAUCUGUUAAAUGAAACAAAAGUUUGGAAGAAAAAUUACUUCUUUCCAACUCAAAUUCUCUCCAGCAUGUUUGCAUCAAGAUCUCAGUAACAUGUAUAAGGCCUUUGCUAGUCCUCUUAGACGUACAGAGUGGGAAGUAGCGAACAGUCAAGUGGAGCAGGCAGAGGUAAUACAGAGCAGGUCAUACAACCUACUUUGGGUAGGUCUGACAGCAGACUAAGCAGAGCUGAGAGAAAGAUUUUGUGUGGUACAGAGAUCAAGAGAGCGUACAUUAUUGUCACACCGUAAAGCCAAAGUCUCCAUGUAGUUAUUUCAGGUUCUGGCCCACCCCCUCAGACUACCUGCUCCCCCAGCAAGGUUCAGGUGCAGAAGCCAGCAGGUGAGUUGACAGCAACCUCAUUUUGGGGGAGUGUUACUCCUAAGAAAUCCUCCUGUCUCUGUCUCCAGGUUACACCUUUGAUAUAGGUCACCUUGACAUCAAAUGUUUGUAACUAAUGUCUUGUUAUCACAUUAUUAAUAAAAAGCAUGCACACCACUGAGAAGA